AUGCUUCAUACCUCUACACCUGUCUCUGCUUUCUGUGAGCUUGAUGGCCCUCAGCAGUCCCUCCCAUUAUUGACACAUCAAACAGAGAUGUUUUGUCCAUCAUUAUCAUUCAUCUUGAUCACUCUGCAAGAAGAGAUGUCAUUUUCUUCUCCUAAACUGAUGGGACACACUCCUUCCUGCAUCUUCAAUGUAUCAUCUCGCUCAACCACACCCAUCACCUCUCAUCAACCUACACCCAAGGUUGCAAAUGAAUCCAAGAUCCCAAAACCAGAGGGUGAGGUGGGGCAACUUGGCUGUGGCGGUUACUCAUUGGAAACUGCACUUAGCUGGGAUGCCAAGCGCUUCAAGAAGUUGAAGGAUUGUCUUCAAAAGUCAAUCGAGAAGCACUGUGACAUUAGCAAGAGCAAGAAACACCAAGAUUCUGCUGCACCGGAUAUUGUUAAGAAUGAGACCCUCACUUGCUUUUCGGAACUACAAGACUACGAAGGCUGUUGGCCAGUUGGAGAUAUUAUUCAGAUGCAACUGAAGAACACAUCCACCAAGGAGUGA